CCCUCCCUCGUCACACAUUGUGGCGGUAUGAAGGAGGUUUGAGGAUGACAACGUCAGGAGAACUACUUAAAGCCAUAACACAUCAAACUGAAACUCCGUUGUAUCCCUCCGUCAACAUGUAUCUCCUGGUGUUGAUGUUCGGGAUUCUGCUUCUACCUGAAGCCUCCACCCUGAGAUGUUACGUGUGUUUACCGAAUGCCUCGGGAAAGUGCAUACAAACAAUCCAUGAAUGCCCACACAGUGCACAGUGUGCUGCAGUGAGAGUUGUUACAUACUCAGGUGGUUCAAACGUUAGUGAUGUAAACUCAAAAGGAUGUGCUAUCACUGAAGACUGUGGAGAGCACUCCGUCAACUAUGGUACCGUCCAAUCCAAAUUUACCACCAUGUGUUGCCCCACUGAGCUCUGCAACACCCAGCCGGCCCCAGAACCCAGCAAAUCCAAACCAAAUGGUAAAAAGUGCUACUACUGCGAUGGAAAAACGUGCACCAACAUCCUAAACUGUGAGGGGAACGAGGACAACUGCAUCUCAGCAACACUGACCCAAGGAGGACAAAGCGCAACUGUGAAGGGCUGUGUGUCCAAAUGGCUGUGCACCACGAGGGACCAAUCCUGGGCCCGAGGACUCACAUACAGCUGCUGUAAGGGGAACCUCUGCAACGGUGCCAGCAGCCACAUCGCUGGCCUGGUGCUGCUGGCCGCCCCGCUGCUCUCUUUGCUCGUGAUCUCUUAUUAG